CUCAAACUUUGAACAGAGUGGUCGCUUUGACUGGCUGGUGAAACAAGUGGAUCUAUUUCAGAAUGGAGACCCCUCGCAUGGAGGAGGUUCAGUUAUUGGGAAGAAGGAGCCGUAAGGUGGCCAACAAGGUUUCAAAGUACCUGACCAAGCGUGAGCAUGUGCUCUGGCAGCGUUGCUGCCAGGCAGAGAAGCUGCUAGAAUGGAAACGCCAGCUGGAUGCCGUGGAGGAAGCCGUGCUCUGCCUGGAGAAGGAGGUUCUGGCCGUGUGGAUCGUCCAAGCCUCCCAGGAGGAACAAGAACACUCCAAGGCCUCCGAUGGCAAUUUGGUCCAGUCCAGCCCUGACACUGAAGAGAAGGAGGAGAAGGUGUCCUCAGAUGAGGAGAAAGAGGAAGAGGCUGACUAUGAGGAGGACUUUGAGUCUUCUGGGGAGAAUGAGAUUGAGGAGAGCAACUCGAGCUCCAGUUCCAGACACAGCUCCAGCAGUGGCCGAGGCAGCAGCACCAGCAGCACCGGCAGGUGCUCACCCUACCCUCCUGAGCAGAGCAACAGCCAGACAAAGGCCAGCCGUACCACCGUCGCCAAAGCCAUCGGUCCAGACAAAGAGGUGAAAAAUACCAAACCUCACGAUGAGCUCGAUGAGCUGCUGGAUGAGCUCGGGGAUGAGUGGUUCAACAAUGAUUUGGGCCACAGUGGGGCAAAGAGGAAGCAACUCUGUAAGCUUCAGCAGCCCCAUGCCAAGGCAGGUGGAAACCAGCAGCCCCAUGCCAAGGCAGGUGGAAACCAGCAGCCCCAUGCCAAGGCACGUGGAAACCAGCAGCCCCAUGCCAAGGCACGUGGAAACCAGCAGCCCCAUGCCAAGGCACGUGGAAACCAGCAGCCCCAGGCUAAAGCAGGUGACAAAGAACCUCCCAAAGAACCAGCCAAGCUUAAGCCACAAAAGGCUAAGAUCCCUAUGGUGGUGCCCCACACAGUGCCUGCAGUGACCAGGCUGGUGCACCUGGCCACUGGACACAUUUGGACCCAAAGCAAGCUGGCCCAGGGGCCACACAUCUUGGCUGACGAGGACAAGCCAGGCAUCCCUCUGGGGAUAUAUGCAGAGGGAGAUGAUCUGGAGACCCGUAGCAAGCGUAGCUACAGGAUGGCUGUUUUUGACCUCAGCUGGGAGAUCCUGAAGGACAUCUUCCCAGAAGAAAAAGUUAAGAGGCUGCCAUGGGAGAAGCCUGAGGUCAGACACUGCACCUACAAGUGUAAACUCAGCUUUGAUAAUAUGGCAGAGGUUCAGGCAUUCAUUACACAUGAGGUUUUAAAGGCCUAUGGCCUCAAGAAGGUAGAGGUGGACCUGACCAAGAAGUUUGGCCAUACCUUCGCAACAAGCCUCAAGUGGAAGAAGCUGGACAGGGUGGACCACAUUCUGCAUCAGGAGCUGCCUGGAGAACAACUCCAGAUGCAGAAUUGGCAGCACGAGGAGUUGGCCAUCAAGAUGAGGAUGGUUGACAGCCUCUUUGAAUACCUGCUGGAGGACACUGUUGAUGUCCUCAACAAGAUCCACGAGAGGAAAGCCUCAAAUAUAUGAAUACAUAUAGUUACAGAACCGAUUAGACAAACCUACUGUUUCACUGUACUCGUUAAGUCUAGGGGUCCUAGGCUUGUCUACUGUUCUGUAACCUGACUAGCAGUGGUGUGUAUUCAUGGAUGCCAAGGUAAGCCAUGCUAUUUGACCAACCCCCAAAAGAUAUUUGAAAAAAAA